AGUAAGUUGUUGACAGUGAAAUAUUAUGCACAACAAAGCUGUGUUAUUGUUCAGUUUUCACGCUGCAUUUUCUCUCUUCUACCCAAUUGGAGUUCAGUCCUUUAAUGGAGGCGCUUGUAAAUUAGUGGAAACGUCAGAUACAUAUAGAGAAUUUCCUGAAGAGUUUAAAUUUGGUGUUUCAACAGCGGCUUAUCAAAUCGAAGGUGGUUGGAAUGCAGAUGGAAGAGGUCCUUCUAUAUGGGAUACUUUUACCCAUGAACAUUCCAACAUGAUAGACGAUCAUUCAAACGGCGAUGUUGGACCGGAUUCCUACCAUUUAUUCGACAAAGAUUUGGAAGCCUUAAAAGAGUUAGGGGUGCACUUUUAUCGUUUUUCCAUAUCUUGGUCAAGAAUUUUACCUAAUGGAGAUAUAACCUCCAGAAAUCAAAAGGGCAUUGACUAUUAUAACACAGUGAUCGACAAAUUACUUGACAACGGCAUCGAGCCAUUGGUCACUAUGUUUCACUAUGAUUUACCGGAAGCAUUAAAUCUCUAUGGUGGUUUUACAAAUUAUUUAUUUAUUGAUUAUUUUGUUGCUUACGCUCGUUUGCUGUUUGAAUCAUUUGGUGAUCGUGUCAAGCAUUGGAUAACAUUCAACGAACCCUUUGACUAUUGCAUACCUGGUUAUGGCGAUGGGAAUUACCCUCCUCUUGGUCAAGAUUCCGGCGUAGCUGACUACCUAUGCAUGGAUAACACUUUAAAAGCCCAUGCCAAGACUUACCAGCUUUACAAAAUGGAAUUUAAGGACAAGCAAAAUGGCAAGAUUGGCAUAACCAUUAGUAGCCGUUACUAUUUUUCAAAGACUAAUAAUGCCACAAUAAUUGAUAGAGCUAUGCAAUACGGUCUGGGUUGGCUGGCUUACCCCAUAUUUGGUCCAAGCGGUAAUUAUCCUCCAGUUAUGCUUAAAGACAUCAAUGAGAACAGUCAAAAGGAGGGCCGAGCUUGGCCGCGGUUAAAAACCAUCAAUACCAAGAUGAGCAAAAUUGUAAAAGGCUCAGCAGAUUUUCUCGGACUAAAUUACUAUACUUCACGUUAUGUUGAAGAAGCGAAAGCACCGCCACGCAAACAACCUUCGUGGGAAUACGAUUCACGACUACGCUUUCAGGUGGACAGCAAGUGGAAACGCGCUAAAUCGGUUUGGUUAUAUUGCGUGCCAGAGGGUCUAGAGAACUUAUUAAAUUGGAUACGUAUUAAUUACAAUAAUGUGGAAGUAUUUGUAACAGAGAAUGGUUGGUCGGAUGACGGCGAGUUAAUGGAUUACGAACGUAUCGAUUAUUUGAAGGCUCAUUUGCAAGCCGUUUUAAAUGCCCUCAAUAGCGGUUGCAAUGUUACACGCUACACGCAUUGGAGUUUAAUCGAUAAUUUUGAAUGGCAGCGCGGUUAUACUGAAAAGUUUGGAUUGUAUUAUGUGAACAUGACAAGUGUUAAUAAAGAACGUGUUGCGAAACACUCAGCUAUUUAUUAUAAGGCGGUUAUCGAGAAACGUAAGGCAUACAUCGAAGGAUAGCGUGUUUUCACCAAUGUUUUAAAUAUAUAAAAAAUGCAAAUAAAAAAAAAAAA